GAGGUAAUUGCUUUGUCCUCUUAUCUGCACCGCUAUGAGAUCGGCAGUGAAAUCAAUUGGCGAGAGUGGAAGCCUUGUGUUUAAUCAAAAUCUGAAAAUAGCCCAGUUGGGAAAAUGUGGUCGAAUCGAAGAAGCCAUCAAAAUCUUCGAGAAAAUGGCAAAUCGAAAUACUGUAACAUGGAAUUCAAUGAUCUCGGCCUAUGCCAAGAACGGCAGAAUCAAUGAUGCAAGGCGCCUUUUUGAUCAAAUGCGUUUGAAGAACCUAGUCUCUUGGAACACUAUGAUAGCAGGGUACUUACAUAACGAUCAAAUCCACGAAGCUUCUGAGUUGUUUGGCAAAAUGCCCAAAAGGGACAUAUUUUCGUGGACACUGAUGAUUACUUGCUAUACCCGAAGCGGGGAACUUGAGAAAGCAAGGUAUUUCUUUGAUCGGCUUCCAGAUAAGGGAAACCGGGUUUGUUGGAAUGCAAUGAUCACGGGUUAUGUGAAGAACCAACGGCUUGAAGAGGCUCGGAAAUUAUUUGAUCAGAUGCCAGUGAGGGAUAUGGUCUCAUGGAAUUCAAUGCUUGCAGGGUAUACCCAGAAUGGAGAAAUAGGUAUGGGAUUGAAAUUUUUUGACCAAAUGGAAGAGAGAGAUGUGGUUUCUUGGAAUUUAAUGCUUGAUGGGUUUGUUCAGGCAUGUGAUUUGGACUCUGCUUGGCAGUUCUUUCUGAGAAUUCCUAGCCCAAACAUCGUUUCCUGGGUGACAAUGUUAAGUGGUUAUGCAAGGAAUGGUCACAUUGCUGAAGCACAGAAAAUUUUUGAACAGACGCCUGAGAAAAAUGUGGUUGCUUGGAAUGCCAUGCUUGCCGGUUAUGUGCAAAAUGGUGAAAUUGAUGAGGCUAUUAGACUAUUCAGACAAAUGCCAGAGAAGAAUUCUGUGUCAUGGACUACCAUGAUCAAUGGGUAUGUUCGUGUUGGGAAGCUCAAUGAAGCAAGGGAGUUACUAAAUAGUAUGCCUUACAGGAAUGUUGCAGCUCAAACUGCCAUGAUUUCUGGGUAUGUGCAGAGCAUGAGAAUGGAUGAUGCUCGUGACAUCUUUGACAAUGUAGGUUCUCGAGAUGUUGUCUGUUGGAACACAAUGAUUGCAGGCUAUGCCCUGAGUAGGAGAAUGGAUGAAGCAAUCAAAUUGUUUAAGCAAAUGAGCCAGAAAGAUAUAGUUUCAUGGAAUACAAUGAUUGCUGGUUAUGCUCAGGAAGAUCAAAUGGAUAAAGCACUACAGAUUUUUGAGGAGAUGGUAGAGAGAAACACAGUUUCAUGGAAUUCUCUGAUUUCAGGUUUCACCCAAAAUGGGCUCUGUACUGAUGCACUUCAGCACUUUGUCUUGAUGAUGAGAGAGGGUAAGAAACCUGACCAGUCCACAUUUGCCACUAGUCUCAGUGCUUGUGCCAACCUUGCAGCUCUACAAGUGGGCAAACAACUUCAUCAUCUUGUUAUGAAGUUAGGUUAUGUUAUUGACUUGUUUGUUGGGAAUGCUUUGAUCACUAUGUAUGCCAAGUGUGGAAGAGUGUUGAGUGCAGAGGAAGUCUUCAAUGAUAUUAAUAGUGUUGAUAUCAUUUCUUGGAAUUCUCUGAUUGCUGGGUAUGCAUUGAAUGGCUAUGGGAAAGAAGCCAUCCAGCUCUUUCAAGAGAUGGAGAUGAUAGGGGUUGCUCCUGAUCAGGUCACCUUUGUUGGGCUUUUAUCUGCAUGUAGUCAUGCUGGAUUGAUUGACCAGGGUUUAAAAUUGUUUAAAUCUAUGACUGAUGAUUACUCCGUUGAACCUGUGGCUGAGCAUUAUGCCUGCAUGGUUGAUUUGCUUGGCCGGGCAGGACGGCUAGAAGAAGCUUAUCAACUAGUAAUGAAAAUGCCAAUUAGGGCCAACGCAGGAACAUGGGGUGCAUUGCUUGGAGCAUGCCGGAUGUACAGAAACUUAGAACUGGGGAAGUUUGCUGCAGAAAGGCUUUCUGAAUUCGAACCUCAUAAGACAUCAAAUUAUGUACUCUUGUCAAACAUACAUGCUGAGGCAGGCAGGUGGGAGGAGGUGGAGAGAGUUAGGAUGCUGAUGAAGGAACGAGGAGUGGAAAAACAACCUGGUUGCAGCUGGAUUGACGUGAAGAAUCAAGUCCAUACAUUCAUCUCUGAUGAUCCAGCACUACCAAGGGCAGCAUACAUCUGUGAGACACUGAGAAAUCUAACAGAACAAAUGAAAACUAGAGGCUAUAUGCCUGACAUAAAUUUUUCCCUGCUUGAUUGUGGAUGAGUGAUUGUUGCUGAAGCCUCAUCCUUCUUAUAUGUGCUUUUUUUCUCAUAAAAAAUUCAUAUCAGGUAUUUUGGUUAGAAGUUCUUUACUCUCAAGAGGCAUCUUGUAUUUUAUAGAAUUGUGUACCAUAUAUGAAAUUUUC